CUGGCUGCCAGUCAUACCAAUCCGGAGCGGAGGGCGGGUGUCCCUGCCCCCGUGCUUCAGGAGGGCUCAGAACGAGCCCUGAGCAGAGUCUGAACAGCUGUCGAGUGCUCCGUCCGCUUUCCCGUUCUCUAAAACCUUUUCAGUUUACUGAUUGAUUCUGUAAGAUGCCUCGCUUCCGUGUUGCUUUUCGACCUAGUGAUUGGAAUUAACAGAACACCCUGAGUUUUUUGGAGACUUCCUGUUGCUGCAGUAUGUUCGUGAGUUGCCCCCCGCAUGCCGUCUGACCACAGCUGGAGCACGGACGCCGUUUCGCGCUGUUGAAAGCAUCAAGAGCCGCGAGGAGUGCGGAGCUUUCCGAGCCUUCUGAGAGAGAUGCGGAGGAAGCUCUCUGUGGCGGGCUUCUUACUCGCCUGGAAACUAGUCCCGUUACUCAGUGGGGGUCAAUGUAAGGAGGUGGACAAUGCUGCGAAGACACGGCAGGCCCCAAUGUCUCCCUCAGAUUUUCUGGACAAACUGAUGGGGAGGACAUCAGGAUAUGAUGCCAGGAUAAGACCGAACUUUAAAGGUCCUCCAGUCAAUGUUUCCUGUAACAUUUUCAUCAACAGCUUUGGCUCCAUUGCUGAAACCACCAUGGACUACCGUGUGAAUAUCUUCCUUCGUCAGCAGUGGAAUGAUCCCAGGCUUGCCUAUGCUGAAUAUCCAGAUGACUCUCUGGACUUGGACCCCUCUAUGUUAGACUCCAUAUGGAAACCAGAUCUGUUCUUUGCCAAUGAGAAGGGAGCCCACUUUCAUGAAGUCACUACAGACAACAAACUGCUCAGGAUAUUUAAGAAUGGAAAUGUUUUGUACUCUAUAAGUCCACAGGAUGGACAAAGUUGUUGUUUCGCAAGUUACAAACUAACAUUAACUCUGUCAUGUCCCAUGGAUCUAAAAAACUUCCCUAUGGAUGUUCAGACCUGUAUCAUGCAGCUAGAGAGCUUUGGUUACACCAUGAAUGACCUAAUCUUUGAGUGGCAGGAGAAUGGACCAGUCCAAGUGGCUGAAGGCCUCACGCUCCCACAGUUCAUUCUCAAAGAUGAAUCAGACCUUAGAUACUGCACCAAGCACUACAACACAGGUAAAUUUACUUGUAUUGAGGUACGAUUCCACCUGGAGAGACAGAUGGGGUACUACCUGAUCCAGAUGUACAUCCCCUCUCUGCUCAUUGUCAUUCUGUCUUGGGUCUCCUUCUGGAUCAACAUGGAUGCUGCCCCGGCCAGAGUGGCACUGGGCAUCACCACUGUCCUCACAAUGACAACACAGAGCUCAGGCUCCAGGACUUCACUGCCUAAGGUCUCUUAUGUCAAGGCCAUUGACAUCUGGAUGGCGGUGUGUCUGCUCUUCGUCUUCUCUGCACUUUUGGAGUAUGCUGCUGUUAACUUUGUGUCAAGGCAACAUAAAGAGUUGUUGCGAUUUAGACGGCAUCACAAAAACAAGAGCAAGAACAGUGGAAGUGCAGUUGAUCCAGGGGAGCUAGCUGAUUCCCUUCGUCGUGUUAACAUUGACAACGGCCUCAAACCAUCAGACCCUCUGUAUGGAUCUAUGACCAACAUCUACACCAGCAACCACAGGGAAGGGGAAGUACAUGAGAGCAGGCUGACCUCCACAGCUGCUGUGACUUCCACUCCCAGUAACAGCAAGGAUUCGAAGGCCAGCACCAACAAUACUGUAACUGUUCUUAACACCCAAGGAGCCACAGCAAACACUACCCAGAAUCCACCUGGAGCGACAACAGGUGGACGGGGUAAAAGCACUGAAGAGAUGAGGAAGUUAUUUAUUGACCGAGCCAAAAAGAUUGACACUGUGUCGAGGGCUGGCUUCCCUCUGGCCUUUCUCUUCUUCAAUAUAUUCUACUGGGUCCUUUAUAAAAUACUUCGACAUGAGGAUGUACAUAAGCAAUAAAGAAAGAGCAUAAAUUAUUCAUAUACGGUAUGUGCACACACACAUCCUUGUAUUGCUAAACAUAUGAGGACACUUCAUCAACUACCACUUUUCCCGCACCGUAAUCCUUAUCUUACCCUGACCUUGAGAACCAUUCAGGGUGACCGCACAUUGCAAAAAUGUCCUGUUUCUACUGGCGUAAAACUCGAAUCGGUUCUCAGGAUGUACAGAAACACAAAAAGGGAUCAAAAGUUAGCAAGUCCAAGAGUGCAAACUUUGCCCUGACAAAUGACGAGAUUAUUUUUCCUCUUUAAAGUAUACAGCAAGGUAAUCUUAAAAAGAUACUGACUGUAGAGAAUAUCAGAAUCUUUACAAUGUCUGAAAACAGAGUUGAUUAUUUAUGGAUAUUUUCUGAAUUCAAAAAACCCUUUAGUAGAAUGAAUAAACAUAUCCAGCAUGGAUAUGUAUAAUGCUUGUCCUAUAGUCAAAGAGCCACUAUGAGUUAACUAAGUUCAGUUAGUUUAAAAUAAUCUUCUGCUAUAAUGUUAUGUGAGCUCAGCUGAUCACAACCCAUUACUUUUAAUAUUGACAUCAAUCUGCUGAGGUAGAGACAGUUGUGAAAUUAGAAAAUGAGGUGUCCUGAAAUUCAUGUGUUUAUGAACAGGUGAUGAGAUGGCAAGAAAACAAAGAUAAGUGUGUCAGGAUGAUACAGAAAGCCGGCCUAAACCAGAAUCAGUACACACAACAUAUCUGGACACAUUUUGCACAAGCUUUGGUUUAUAAAUUAUUCUUAACAGUACGUAAUAGAAGCAUUUCAUUUCAAGUGCUUAUGUCUGAUGUGACAUAUUGUACUGGGAGAAAAUCUGAUCUGUCAGAAUGGGGGAUUCCAGUCAGCCUUGCUUGUGCCAAAGCAGGGUGGGUAAUGACUCAUGUCCAUGUGAUGCACGGAGACCAGCUAGAUAAAGUUAGAUAUAGAUGUACUGUAGUUUAAAUGUUCCCUGUGAUCUGGAUGGCCAACAUCAGAUUUGUUUUUCCAAAUCUAUAUUAUGUGAAUUUUGGCUGCUAGAGGGCAGAAGGACUUAAAGAAGGCUCCAAAGAGAAAACUGACAGCAAUGAGCUUUGAGCCCAGUCUGUUUCCCCUGCUAUAGGUGGAGCUCUGUUUCUCAAGCAAAAUCCAUUUUAAUGGAUGAAUGACUAGAGCAGAGGUAAUCUCCAGCAAUCAGAAAUGACCAGUGUGAGUAUUUCUUUUUAUUGACUUUCUUGUGCUUGUAUAGCAUACUCAUCAUCAUCUUGGACCUACAUUAUUAUUUAGUAAAAUUAUUUAGAAAUAAUUCUGAGAAUUAAAUGUUGUAAAACACAUGCACAUGCUGAAUAAAAUUAACGUAAAGACACACAGUAUUUUCUCAGUUUUGAGUGGUCCUCACUUUACUCUCAGUACUUAUUUAAGUAACAAUUUUGAGUGUAAAUACAUAUUGGGUAGCACUAGUAAUAAAGUAAGACCAAUAAAUAUUUAACCAACUAAAUAUGGCAACAAUAACAAAUACUGUCGGCAUACUAAUGUAUACCGUAAGUCUGUGUGAACAAGGUUCCCAAAUUGAAAUGUGGCAGGCAGGGUGCAGCUAAGCUCUGACUUCUGCUGGAGAAGUGGAGCUGAGAUCUGGCUGCCUCCAAUCGAAGUAUAACCUUGGUCCUCACUGUUUUUAACACACUAAACGUCUGAAAAAAAAAUACAUUUCAUAGGUAGCUCUGUUUGAAUGGGCCUGUAUGCACUCUCCAAGUGUAAUCAACAUGCUGGCUUUUGUACUACUGUAUCUUUGAGAAUGAUUGAGACUGUUGUUCCAGACAGUACAGCCACAAAAUGCUGAAAAAACCCUAUGCUGGAAAACCACUUUCUUUCCAUAUGACUGGGGUUGCCACUCCCUUUGAAAACUGCACAUGCUGAAAACAUGCUGGUUAAACCUGUGUGAGUUUUUCAAUAGGAUGUAAUAGCCAAACAAGCAUGUGCUGCAAAUAAGAAAGUUUGGCACACAGUGAAGAGUUAACAGUGAAUAGAUAAACGCUGACAGUUCUUUAAGAUGACGGUUACUAAAAUAUUCACAUUCAAUACUUGUCAUGUGUUUAUCAAUGGUUGACAGCCUGCCUACGCAGUCAUGUAUCAUUACAGAGUUGUGAAGUGUAAUCAAAUCAGAACUGCACUAUAAUACUUAAUGUACCCAACCCACACUUUAAACAUCACACAUGCAGGGUGUCACUGUCAUUUCUACUAUAAUUGGGGGAGAUUACCAUUAUAAUCAUGAAUCUGUGAUAAAGGAGAUUUGAAGGAGUUUUUUUUAUUUUUUAUUUUUUAAAUAUAAUGGUCCAACAGAUUAAAUCAUGGUUAGUCACCUGAAACAGUUCCACAAAUAAACAUGGCGUUGGUGGUAAACAAAAGGUCAUGAGAUCAUCCAAAUGAAAAAAUGUGUAUUAUCCCCCAAAGACCAUAAAUGUGAUCAGCAUACUGCACUGAAGGUAAAUCCUAUUAGGUUAUAAAAUAUCUUCAAAGUCACAUUUGUCAAAAUGGAAAAGGUUCAGCUCUUGAAGAGCAUGAAAUGCUAGCUUAAUUUUAAGGUGAUAUAUAGUCAGGAGUUGUAAAGAUACAUAUAUUGCCCUGGACCAAAGCUCAAAAGCAGGAGGAAUGAAUGGACCAAUUGAUAUAAAAAAAAAAAAAAAUUAAAUUGACUCUUUUUAAUUAACAUUGGCAAAAACUCAAAUUAUCCCUUCAAGAGCAGCAAGGGGUUUUACUGAAGACUCCACCUAAAGCCAUGUUAGUUUGUGUAUAUUCUUAUAAAAUUUUAAGUUCUUUAGAAGAUGAAAUUUACAUUUAGUCCACAUACAGGGCCCUCUCUUCCACAAUUUAUUUCUGUCUCUAUCCUGGGACUUUUUAGUCUAUUUCAAGACUUUCAGCUCUGACAGAGAGCUAGAAUAACCUGGGGAAAAAUCACCCAUGGUAAGACUUCAGUCGUGCUUUGAGUAAUCAACACCGCUGUGGGGAGCAACAGUGGACUGAAACAGACUAGAGGUGGAAAAGACUACUCAAAGACGUGGAAUAUUAAGCAUGCACGCGCACACACUGUUUUCCCCACUUGUCAGCUCCACCUCAAAUUUCUCAUGACACACAAAAACAGACACAGCUAUUAUUACCAAACCACACACUCUCCUUGACUGUUUUUAUAAUGCUAUCAGACAGUAAGAGGCCCCAGGACAUGCUGUGUUGUAACAUCACCACACUGAUUCUGUGUUUGCACUAUGACUAAUGCCACAACUCCUGCGGUACUUUCCAGGUUGCCCAUUAAUUCAUUCAUGCUAAUGGUGGCAUAUCAGACACACAUGUUUUUCCCGACUCCAGCAUUUAGGAAUUUUUGAUCAAAAAGAAAUGUUUACAUCCACUUCUUUUUCAGAAAAGAAAUGCUAAAGGGAGAAGUGAAGUUCAUUGUUUUUUUUGUCUCUGAGCAGUUCUAUCUCCUGCAAAUGACUUUCAUACACAGUUAAUGUGCACGAGAUGUUUACAUAGCGCAGUGAAAAGUGUGAGUACAACAUGUGGAGUCUGAUGGAUGUAAAGUGUUUCUCUUCAGCAGGUCAAGUCCUGUCUUCAUUCAGGGAUUAUUCAUAAUUUUUGAAUGAUAUUAUGGUAAUUGUGACAGUUCUGUAUAAAAAAUAAUAUCGAGCAUUAUGAUUCCCUCAAAAUGUAGGAUUAAUGUGACUAUGUAGGAAAAGAUUUAAAGUUCGGUCACAGAAAAAUUUAAAUGUUCUAAGGUCCAAGUGUCUAAAAGUGUCCAGUUAUCACUGCCAUAAUAGUGUUUUUUCAUACCCUCAGUGAUACCGUAAUGUUGACAGUUUUGCUGUGUGCGCUGCUAUAUCUACGUCUACAUCAGACCCAGAAACAGAAUUGGUAUACUGUAUUGCGCAAGUCUACCAUUUUGUAUUGGCCAAAUUAUUGUUGGUUUAUGAAAUUUUAACCCAAGAGUAUAUCAUUUCAUCGGAAUUUCAUUGUGUUUUCUAGGAAACAGCUUGGCUCCAACUUUACUCCCUGUCAGCUGAGACAGCAACAUACAGAGUGUUUGUGUUUGAAACAGUGGGGCAGUCUGCAAAAGUUGUUAUGCUGUAGUAUUACAUGAUGCUGAAGUUUUUCAGUUCAGAAUGCUUGAGAUAUGCCAGCUGCCGUAGCGAUCAUAGUGAUAUGAAGGUCCCUGUUUCAGGCCUCUAUAAGUUGCUUUUCAUACCUGAGGGGAAUCAGUGGAAAAUGAUCACUGCCUGAAGGAAGGAAAAUCACAUUCAAAAGUGUGAAAUACUAUGGAAAUGUAAAGUAUACAGAACUUGUGGGCUACAGUAUGAAAAAAAGUUCAAUACUGCAUUAUCAUUUAGAACGAAUCUGCUGUGUAACAGAAAAAAAUGUCACUCAUUAAUUGUUUCCUUAGUCAUUAGUAAUAAGUCAUUAUGAAAACACAAAACAGUGCAACAGCGUGCUUUGACAGUCAUACAUAUUUUCACUGCAUGCAGCUAAAACAUGCAAAAACAGGUUUGGUCAGGUUUGAGAAUCAACUUUCCCAUUUAAAGACUAGAUGUGUCCUACACUCAGUUUCCAUUGUUUAUGGAAGGAUGUUCAGUUAGUUAGUUAAAAUCAAACCCUUACGUACAGUCACUGUGCAUUAUUUACACCAGUUUCGCCUCAGAAAAUAUUUGCAUGGCUCUAAUGAAAAUAACUUGCUGUUUCCAUUUGUCAAGACAUUUCUGUUCUCCACUGCCAAGCUCCUACUGAGGACUUGCUUUUGUUUCCAAUUUAAUAUUCACUGAUUUUGCUACUAUUUCUGUAAAAGAAAAAAAAAAGGAAAUAGUAGCAGGCAUUCAAAACAUUGAACUGUACAGCUUUGUCCAAAUGCCAUACUAUCCACUGAUAGUAUACAUGUGUACUAUAUUCAGUGCUUGACAUGGUAUACGUUUUGUCAGUUACUCUACAAGAAAUCAUUGUACUUUACCAUUUUUUACUAGCAUGAAAUUACACAAUGCUUGCACCAUGUCAAUCAAACUGCAACAGCCUGUUUAAUGUCAGAUCUGCCUUGAAAAUUUCUCUACAUCAUCCUUAAUUUUUGUAGCUGUGUGUAUACUUAUUCAAGCAGAUUUUGUAUGUGUUUUGACUUUUUCUUUUUUUUAGUCUACUCGAUUUUCUCAGUUUCCAACACCAUUAAAACCUGCUUGGAAUUAGUAUGUGAUAUGGAAUUAAGACGCAGCAUGUAUUUGUGUAUCUGGGUCAAAGCAGCAGACCUCAAACUGUGCAUUGAUGACAUCAAAUUAGCAUACCCUUUCUGAAACUGUCCUGUAGCUCCACUUAAAAACUCAACAUGAAAAACCAAUUUGGUUUUUUGAGCAUCAUUGCUUUUAUUUUUGUCAAAGUUAUGUUAAUUUUGUGUUUUAAUGUAUUUUAAAGUGCAGAUCCGAAAAGUCUGGACUUCAUUGCCACACAACAGUAACUACAGUAUCUCAAGCAGGUUUCCAGGUGAUUUUCAUAAUGUAAAAUGAAUGGAAGGAAAACACUCAAAUCUCAAAUCUAUGUAGAAAAUGGUUGGCAGUUAUUUAAGGUACUACAUUUCCAUGGCUCACUCGCACAGGUGUUUUCACAUUCACUUAGAUCUCUCCUCAGGACUAUAUGGGCAUGUACAGACUGUGACUUACUUCUCCCUCACUCUCUUGUUGGAAAUGUUGCACCUGUUGAGUGAGAAACCUUUCACCACUAGCAUUCUGAUCAGUGUGUGUGCAGUAGUUUGGUGAUCCCAUGUAAUUACCAGCAUAGCGGUUCAUUAACCUGUAAUGAGAUUUAAUCAACUAGAAGAACCAAGAACACCUGUGUGGGUUUGUUUAAUUUUUUGUGUUGCCGUCUGACUUGCGUUAUAGCUGUCAAUGCCAGUCUUCUUCACAACCUUUCAUGGUAGGUCAAAGAUUAUUAAUUUUGUACAAAAUAAUGAGAGACUGAAAUAUAGUAAAAUUUUAAUUAAUAUUGAUAUGUAUCAGUCAUAAAACUGUAUGGGCUGAUGUUAUGCUUUUUGUCCUAAGUUUAGUGUUUUUUUCUGGUGCUGAUGAGGAGAGGCAGCCCAUAAAUCAGAAGAGCAUGAUUUUCAAAUACUUUUAUAUGUAAUAUGCCUUCCUUUACUGAUUUCACACAAAAAAAUUUAAUUCUGGUGAUAACGUUCUGUGCUGAUUGGCUCAUAACUGAGUGCUAAAACUUUUCAGCCUAAAACCUCAGAGGUCUUGGGGCCAUGGGUUCCGUCACUAGGUUUCCACUGCAGUUUUCCCCACAGGAUUUUCAGUAUACUGUAUGCAGCCCAAAAAUGUUUCACAGUGAAACCACCAGAGUUCAGUCACGAAUUUUGAAAUGGUUAUGUUGGCUUUGUCUUUAUUAUUGCUUUAUGGUUCAAAUGUGGUGAAAGUGUGUUGAUUUGUGGAGAAUAUUUUGUUAAAUUGCGUACAUAUCAAAAUUCACUACAGUGUAAAAACUCCUUGGAAAAUCUGUCAUGGCAACCCUGGCUGAAACUGACUACUGUUACAUAAUAGCUGGACUAUAAUGUGUACUUGGAUCAUUUUGAUAUCUCAGAGGUUUUAUUUCAUCAACCUGAGUAAAACACAUUUUUUAACAUACUGUCUUAAUACUCACUCUCAUGUUGUAAGUUCUCCCUUACAGUUAAGUGUCAUAUCUUCCAAAAGACAACAAAUGAGUUAUAAUAGACUGUAUGCUUACAGAAUAUUCUGUCAUGGUCCUGUUAGGUUUAAUUAUAUUUGUUGAAUACAGAGCAGAGAGCACACUCACUAUUUUUUUUAAAAUAAGAUGUGCAUAUUUUAUG